AUGGGAUGCGAUGAGCCUUUUGGAGGUAAAGUUGUUGUUUUUGGAGGAGACUUUAGACAGAUUCUACCGGUAGUAACAGAUGGUGGCAGAGUAGAGACUGUUUUGGCUUCUUUGAAUUCAUCACAUCUCUGGAAAAGCUGCAAGGUUCUAAGACUUACAAAAAACAUGAGACUUAUGGCAGGAAUUACCAAUAGCGAAGCUAAAGAACUUGAAGCUUUUUCUAAGUGGAUUCUAGAUAUUGGUGAUGGAAAUAUCAAUCAACCAAACGAUGGAGAGGUUGAGAUUGAUAUUCCUGAAGAUUUGCUAAUAACUGAGUGCGAAAAUCCUAUAGAAACCAUAGUGAAGGAAGUUUACGGAACAUCAUUUGCAGAGAAACGAGAUCCCAAUUUUUUCCAGGAAAGAGCAAUAUUGAGUCCACGAAAUCAAGAUGUUGACAGUACCAACGAGUAUAUGCUAUCACAGUUAUCAGGUGAAGAAAAAAUCUAUCUCAGUUCUGAUGGUAUUGAUAUAUCAGACAAAGGCCCAAAAGAUCCCAUGGUUUAUUCUCAAGAGUUUCUAAAUAGUAUCAAGAUCUCUGGAUUGCCAAACCACUGUUUGAAGUUAAAGGUUGGUGCAAUAAUUAUGCUACUUAGGAACAUUGAUCCUCAAGGUGGUUUAUGUAAUGGUACAAGGCUGCAAAUUACUCAGUUGGCUGAUCAUGUUAUUGAGGCUAGAAUUAUAACGGGUCAUAGGAAUGACAAAGAAGGUGGUGAAAGGGUCUUAAUACCAAGGAUGUUUGUAUCUCCACCAGAAACGAGAUUCCCUUUCAGGAUGCGCCGUAGACAAUUCCCCGUUGCAGUUGCUUUCGCAAUGACCAUAAAUAAGAGUCAAGGCCAAACAUUAGAAAAGGUUGGUUUGUAUCUUCCAAAACCAGUUUUUACUCAUGGACAAUUGUAUGUUGCAGUUUCAAGAGUGAAGUCAAGAUCAGGACUGAAAAUUCUUAUCACCGACAAACAUGGAACACCUCAGAGAAAAACUAUGAACGUGGUAUACAAGGAAAUCUUUCAAAACAUUGACUAA